CUCCUUGGCUAUGGAGAGGCCCCGAAUGCCGCCCCGGCGGAGGAGGCAGCGCCGCUGUUGUUGGCCGCUGCUGGCCGCCUUGCUGGUGGGCUGCGUGGCCUGCCAGGCGCCGCCGGUGCCCGAGCCCGAAUGGGACGGCCGGGACGUCUUCGUGCAGAGCAGCUCCGGGCCCGAGCAGUGCCCGCGCGUCGUGGUGUCCGGCGACUUCGUGCGCUACCAUUACCACGGCACCUUCCCGGACGGCCGCAAGUUCGAUUCCAGCUAUGACAGGGGUUCCACAUUCAACGUGUUUGUGGGGAAGGGGCAGCUCAUUGCAGGGAUGGACAAGGCUCUGCUCGGCAUGUGCGUGAACGAGAGACGGUUUGUGAAAAUUCCACCCCAUCUCGGCUAUGGGAGCGAAGGCGUUUCUGGCGUAAUUCCUGCAAACUCUGUGCUUCACUUUGAUGUGCUUUUGAUUGACAUUUGGAAUACGGAAGAUCAGAUUCAGAUUCAAACGUAUUACAAGCCAGAAAACUGCAACAGGACAAUUCAGGUGUCUGAUUUUGUACGGUACCAUUACAAUGGGACAUUUCUAGAUGGGACGCUGUUUGACUCAAGCCACAACAGGAUGCGAACAUAUGACACCUAUGUGGGGAUUGGCUGGCUUAUCCCUGGCAUGGACAAGGGUCUCCUAGGGAUGUGUAUAGGUGAAAAGCGCAUCAUCACAGUGCCACCAUUCCUGGCUUAUGGAGAAGAUGGAGAUGGUAAAGAAAUUCCUGGUCAGUCUUCUCUUGUCUUUGAUGUGGCUCUUGUAGACCUUCACAACCCCAAGGACAGCAUCACUGUGGAGAAACAGUAUGUGCCUGAAUCCUGUGAGCGGAAAAGCCAAGUGGGUGACUUCCUCAGAUAUCAUUACAAUGGGACGCUUCUGGAUGGCACGCUGUUUGAUUCCAGUUAUUCACGGAAUCACACAUAUGACACCUACAUUGGGAAAGGUUAUGUCAUUGCUGGGAUGGAUGAAGGCUUGCUUGGUGUAUGCAUCGGAGAGAAGCGGAGAAUAACAAUCCCACCUCACCUUGGAUAUGGAGAAGAGGGGACAGGGAAGAUUCCAGGAUCGGCAGUGUUGGUCUUCGACAUUCAUGUGAUAGACUUCCACAACCCUUCAGACUCAGUUGCUAUUACUACCCAUUACAAGCCAAGCAAUUGCUCAGUACUGAGCAAAAAAGGCGAUUACUUGAAGUACCACUACAAUGCCUCACUCCUAGAUGGUACUUUGUUAGAGUCGACGUUUAGCCUUGGCAAAACCUAUAAUAUAGUUCUAGGAUCUGGACAAGUUGUGUUGGGAAUGGAUAUGGGCCUCAGAGAUAUGUGUGUGGGAGAGAAAAGGACUGUUAUAAUCCCACCCCAUUUUGGUUAUGGUGAGACUGGAGUUGAAGGAGAAGUGCCUGGUAGUGCUGUGCUGGUUUUUGACAUCGAAUUGUUAGAGUUAGUGUCUGGCUUGCCAGAAGGCUACAUGUUUGUAUGGCACGGUGACGUCUCUCCUAACCUUUUUGAAGAAAUCGACAAGGAUAACAAUGGAGAAGUUCUUCUGAUAGAGUUCUCUGACUAUAUCCACGAACAAGUUAAUUCUGGCAAAGGAAAGCUGGCUCCUGGUUUUGAUUCUGAAACAAUAGUGAAAAAUAUGUUCAGCAACCAGGACCGGAACGGAGAUGGUAAGAUUACAGCUGAAGAAUUCAAACUGAAAGAACAGGAGCCAAAGGGACAUGAUGAAUUGUAGUUUGGGGGCUUGUUUUUUUUUUUUUUUGUGAGCUGAACUGCUGUUAGAGUGUAUGAACUAUAGAAACGGGUUGAAAUGCAUGCACACUUCAACUGAGGAUAAGUGGGAACAAAUGCCCAUGUCUCUAUAUUCUUGAUGCAGGUUAAGGCAAGGCUAUACAACGGCAGCCUUUUUUUCUUUUGGCAUUUAUUGUAUAAAACAUGAAAAGUGCUCAAAUUAGUUUCAUCAGCUUCUUCAAAAGGGCACACAUCCCACUGUACUAAUGUGCAUAGCAGUCUGUCUCAGAGAUACGGUAUAGAAGUUGAUGAAUACAAAAAAAGUGUGCAUUUUCAUCCAGGACCCUUUUGAAUUUUCACACUCUUCUCAGUCACACUUUUCUACUCCACUGUUACUGAGCAUAAACAGUAAACCAUAAAAAAGCAAGCUUGUCAACUCCACUCGGCCCACACUAAGCUAAUACAUCUGAGCUAAGGUGGUAAAAUCUAGUCCUGUGCUACGCUAGAGGCUUUAGUUGGAGCUUUGGAAACCCGUCACACUAAAUUAUGCAGGAAAAGACUGUCACACAACUGCUAUUUUUUUUUAUCCUAGGUCUUAACCUGCAUAUUACACAAAAAAUAAUUUAAAAAAAAAUUGGAGAGGAAGCUGUGUUUCCAUUUUUGUAAAAAAUGCAGGAUUGGUAGACUUGUUGCUUAUAGAGCAUGCAGCUGUUUCAGUCUACUACUUAGAUAAGUAAUCUCUGUAGAGAGAAUCACAAGCUCCUAACUAUGCUUAUUAAAAUUAUGCUGUAGAUGUGUCUAAAUAUUUAAAAUGAGAGCAUACGUUAGGUGAAAAAGUGAUUCCACAAAGCUGGAGGCACUGAUCACAGUAGCACUAAACAGCAGUUGGACUGAACAUAUUGAGACAUGGCCUUCAAUUGUGUGAAUGGUGCUGGUUUUAAACUCAAGAUUUGCUUCUUAAUUUUAUUUUUCACAGUACAUAAAGUUUUGUAAAUUUUCAAACACUUUGUAAUACUAAUAAUGUCAUGAAGUUUUCUCAAAUGUGAUACAUGCUGGUAUUUUUUAUUAAAUAAAACAUUGACAGACA